AUGGCCGAGAACGUUCUGGAGUCUGGCCCGCCUUCAGCCAAGAGGCCUAAACUAUCCUCUCCGGCACUUUCUGCCUCAGCCAGCGAUGGAAACGAUUUUGGCUCCCUCCUUGACCUGGAGCAUGACCUCCCAGAUGAGCUCAUCAGCUCCUCUGAGCUGGGUUUGGCAAAUGGAGGAGAUCUGGGCCAGCUUCACACCAGCCUGGGUGGUGGAGCUGGGGGCAGCAUGCUUGGAGGGCUUGGAACGGGCCAAGAUGCAGCAGCCAAGCACAAGCAACUCUCCGAGCUCCUCCGGUCUGGUGCACCACCCGUAGCGGCACAGCAGCAGGGAGGAAGCCCAGCAGGAGCCUCGAUAGGGCUUUUGGGGAGUAUGAAGGCAUCUCAGGGUCCUCAGAGCAUGGGCCCACAAGGCCAACAACACCUGUCCCCACAGCAGGCCAACCUGAUGCAGCAGCAGCAGCAACAGAUGGCAGGGAUGGUGGGCGGCAUGAACAGAGCCAUGCUUGGACCUCAGAAAGGAAAUGGUCAGCAGCAGGCAGGGGGGCCUACGCCUCAGCAGCAAGGCAUGAUGGGAGGGCAGAUGAUGAAUGGCUCACCCAGAAUGGGGUAUCCCAAUCCAGGCAUGGGCAGUAACAGUAAUCUGCUGGCAGAGACCCUGCAGCAGCAGACGGCAGGAGGCCCGGGAGGACUCCGAGCACAGCAGCCUGGAGCACUGAACAAGAUGGGGAUGAUGGGAUCUGCAGGCCCCUAUGGAGGCCCCUAUAGUCAGAACACAGGGCAGGGUCUGGGUGGUGCAGGGCUGGGCCCGCAGCUCAUGAACAAACCAGGUAUGCCCAACAGCCUGGCCCAGUUCAACAUGGACAAGAAACCCCAGCCCAUGCCAGGCAUGCCAACCAUAGCUUCCCAGCAAUCGCCAGCAGGUGGCGCUGGAGCUGGUGGGGCUGCUGGUAUGGUACCUAACACCCAGGGAGGGCUUGGCCCAGCAUCAGCAGUGGGUGUUCCUCCAACAGCUGACCCAGAGAAGCGCAAACUCAUACAGCAGCAGCUGGUCCUCUUGCUCCAUGCCCACAAGUGCCAGCGGCGUGAGCAAGCUAAUGGGGAGGUACGGCAGUGCAACCUGCCCCACUGCCGCACCAUGAAGAACGUUCUGAACCACAUGACACACUGCCAGGCUGGCAAGUCCUGUCAGGUGGCACACUGUGCCUCAUCCAGACAGAUUAUCUCGCACUGGAAGAACUGCACACGGCAUGACUGCCCUGUCUGUCUGCCACUGAAGAAUGCAGGAGACAAGAGGAAUCAGCAGUGUGAGUCCCUACUUGGAACUGCUAAUGUGGGUUUAGGCCCAGCUUUGGGAACCACACCAGGUCCACACAGUGCUCCCAAUCUUAACACCCCAGGCCAGAUAGACCCCAGCUCUAUUGAGAGGGCUUAUGCAGCUCUGGGCCUCACUUACCAGGGUAACCAGGGACCCUCUCAGCCUGCCCAGCAAACACCUCGGGCGCACAACACAAUGGGUGGGAACCCAAUGGGUGUAAAUGGGGCUGUGGGUGUCCAACCUCAGAAUCAGCCAUCUAACCUUCUUCAAGAUACUAUGCUGCAUCUCAACAUGAACUCUCAGAGUCUGAUGAAUGACAGCAGUGGUGUGGGCAAUGUGGGCUCCAUGCCUGUGGCCACUCCAGCUUCCGGUCCUGGCAUGAGGAAGAGCUGGCAUGAGGACAUCACCCAGGAUCUGCGCAACCACCUCGUGCAUAAACUCGUCCAAGCCAUCUUCCCUACUCCAGAUCCAGCUGCGUUGAAGGAUCGGCGUAUGGAGAACCUAGUGGCUUAUGCUCGUAAAGUAGAGGGGGACAUGUAUGAAUCUGCAAACAGCAGGGCAGAGUACUACCACCUGUUGGCAGAGAAGAUCUAUAAGAUCCAGAAGGAACUGGAGGAAAAACGGCGAACACGACUGCAGAAGCAUGGCAUGAUGCCCACUCAACCUGGAAUGCCCCCCACAGGCAUACAGCAGGCCCCACCUGGCAUGGCCCAGCCAGGGCCACCUACAGGACUUCCCCCAAAUGGCCCUCUCUCGGAUCCGUCAAUGGUGCGUCCUACUGGACCAAACCAGAUGGUGAACAGGAUGCAGACCCCUGCUGGAAUGAAUCCGUUUAAUCAAAUGCAGGCCAUGGGUCAGCGGUCCACACCUCCUCUUCCACUCAAUGCGCCCCUCAAUCAGAUGGGUAUGGGGCCUGCAAGGAUGGCAGGACCAAAUGUUGCUCAAAUGCAGAAUCAGUACCUACCCCCUGGCCAAUUUUCAGGUUCAAGCCCAUUGCUUGGCUCUGGUCCUGUUGGUAUGGCGCAGCCUGGCACUCAGGGUGGCAUGGCCCAGCAGGGGCCAAUGUCAACCCCACCAUCUCUGCCAGCCAGUAGUCCUUUAGCCCAGCCUGGUUCUGCUGGAGGAAUGGGCAGUGGGGCUUCAGUGGGCUCUCUUGGUCCCAACGGUGGAGUUGGCAUGCCCCCGUCAUCGACCCCCUCUCAGUCUAUGAACCUUCCGCACUGUCCACCCGUCCGACAGAGCUCUCCUUCUCCAGCACGCAGCCGCACGCCCACUCCACACCUCACACCUCCUCCAAGCCUUUCAGGCUCGCAGACCCCCCAGCCCCACACCCCCAGUCUACCCCUUUUGGCUCCGGGUGCUGGUCAGCAGCAGUUACCUCAACCUGCAAACUCUGACAAAGCCAUGCAACUCCAGCAACAGCAGCCAUUAGGUGGGACUUCAGCAACACCCAACGCUGCUCCCCAGCAUCCGCCUACUCCAUUGUCUCAAAAGGGCUCUCUGCCGGUUGAUGGCCAAGCUACUACUCCUGCCUCUGUCAGCAGCGUAGACGCCUCCACUCAGCAGGUUCCCUCAGACAUCACUGCCACCCUUGAGCCCAAGAUGGAGGUCAAGCAACCAGAGGAGGAAGAGGAGGAGGAGGAGGAGGAGGAGGCAGAUGAGUCGAUGAAGGGAGGAAGGACUGGAAAGAAAGGAGACCUAAAAACAGAGGAAAAGCCAGAGAUAAAGAAAGAGGAGAUAUCAGGUGAAGAAUGCAAAAGUACACUCAUGGAGACAUCCACAGAGGCAGGGGAGGACAAAAAGCCUGAGAUAAAGACUAAGCCUAAAGAGGAGGAUGCUGGUUCGGGAUCCACAGGCCCCCAGAGCUCACACUCUGGAGUGCCCUCUAAAAAGAAGAUCUUCAAACCUGAGGAGCUGAGACAGGCUCUGAUGCCCACACUGGAGUCUCUCUAUCGACAGGACCCUGAGUCUCUCCCCUUCCGCCAACCUGUGGAUCCCUCACUUUUAGGAAUACCUGAUUAUUUUGAUAUUGUGAAGAAUCCUAUGGACUUGUCUACUAUCAAACGGAAACUUGACACAGGCCAAUAUCAGGAGCCAUGGCAGUAUGUGGAUGACAUCUGGCUUAUGUUCAAUAAUGCCUGGCUCUACAACCGCAAGACAUCACGGGUCUACAAGUACUGCUCUAAACUGGCUGAGGUGUUUGAGCAGGAGAUUGACCCUGUGAUGCAGAGCCUUGGCUAUUGCUGUGGGAGAAAGCUGGAGUUCUCCCCUCAAACUCUCUGCUGCUAUGGGAAGCAGCUAUGCACUAUACCACGAGAUGCUGCUUACUUUAGUUACCAAAACAGGUACCACUUCUGUGAGAAGUGUUUCAAUGAGAUCCAGGGUGAGAGCGUGUCCUUAGGGGAUGAUCCAUCCCAGCCUCAGACGUCCAUCAACAAGGACCAGUUUGAAAAGAAGAAGAAUGACACACUUGACCCUGAGUUGUUUGUGGAAUGUAUGGACUGUGGGCGGAAAAUGCAUCAGAUAUGUGUUCUGCACAAUGACACUAUUUGGCCAUCAGGCUUUGUGUGUAAUGGGUGUCUCAAGAUGUCCAACAAGACCCGUAAAGAGAAUAAAUAUGCUGCUAAAAGGCUGCCGCAGACUAAACUGGGCAACUUCUUAGAAACUCGGAUUAACGACUAUCUGAAGCGCCAAAGCCACCCAGAGUCUGGUGAAGUCACAAUUAGAGUUGUCCAUGUCUCUGAUAAGGUGGUAGAGGUCAAACCAGGCAUGAAGUCCAGGUUUGUGGACAGUGGUGAAAUGGCAGAGUCUUUCCCAUAUAGAUCAAAAGCUCUCUUUGCUUUUGAGGACAUUGAUGGUGCUGAUGUCUGUUUUUUCGGCAUGCAUGUCCAGGAAUAUGGUUCUGACUGCCCACCCCCAAAUCAAAGACGGGUAUACAUAUCCUAUCUGGACAGUGUUCAUUUUUUUCAGCCACGCUGUUUGAGAACAGCAGUCUACCAUGAGAUUCUUAUUGGUUAUCUGGAGUAUGUCAAGAAACUAGGGUUUACCACUGGCCACAUUUGGGCCUGCCCCCCUAGUGAGGGUGAUGAUUACAUAUUCCACUGUCAUCCUGCAGACCAGAAAAUACCCAAACCUAAGCGGCUGCAAGAGUGGUAUAAGAAAAUGCUGGAUAAAGCUGUUGCAGAGCGUAUUGUACACGAUUAUAAGGACAUAUUCAAGCAGGCGACAGAGGAUCGACUUACCAGCGCCAAAGAACUGCCCUAUUUUGAAGGUGACUUUUGGCCCAAUGUGCUUGAAGAGAGCAUUAAGGAGCUGGAACAGGAGGAAGAAGAGAGAAAACGGGAGGAGAACAGUACUUCUAGUGAAAGUGUAGAUGCAACAAAGGGUGAUAGCAAAAAUGCCAAGAAAAAGAACAAUAAGAAGACAAGCAAGAACAAGAGCAGUCUGAGCCGAGCCAACAAAAAGAAACCAGGGAUGCCAAAUGUGUCCAAUGACCUGUCACAGAAGCUUUAUGCUACUAUGGAGAAGCACAAAGAGGUGUUCUUUGUUAUCCGGCUGAUUGCUGGACCCAAUUCCAAUGCUCUUCCACCCAUAAUCGACCCGGAUCCUUUAAUGGCCUGUGAUCUGAUGGAUGGGAGAGAUGCUUUCCUGACACUGGCACGGGACAAGCACCUGGAGUUCUCUUCACUGAGGCGCUCUACAUGGAGUUCAAUGUGUAUGUUGGUAGAGCUACACAACCAGAGCCAAGAUAGAUUUGUGUACACCUGUAAUGAAUGCAAACAUCAUGUUGAGACGCGCUUCCACUGUACUGUUUGUGAGGAUUAUGAUCUUUGCAUCACUUGCUACAAAACAAAAGGUCAUGAGCACAAGAUGGAGAAGCUUGGACUGGGCCUGGAUGAUGAAAGCAACAACCAAGCUGCAGCCUCCAUGCAGAGUCCUGGAGACUCUCGCCGCCUCAGCAUCCAGCGUUGCAUCCAGUCUUUAGUACAUGCUUGCCAAUGCCGCAACGCAAACUGCUCACUUCCAUCCUGUCAAAAGAUGAAACGGGUGGUUCAGCACACCAAAGGCUGUAAGCGCAAAACCAAUGGUGGUUGCCCCAUCUGCAAGCAGCUAAUUGCACUUUGCUGUUACCAUGCUAAACAUUGCCAAGAGAACAAGUGUCCUGUGCCAUUCUGUCUCAACAUCAAGCAGAAACUGCGUCAGCAGCAGCUUCAGCAUCGGGUUCAGCAGGCCCAAAUGCUGCGGAGAAGGAUGGCCAGCAUGCAAAGAACAGGCCAAUCACCAAUUGGUGGAAAUGGAGGCUUACCAUCACCUGGGAACAAUGGUACUACAGGCCCUGGCACACCCACACCAAGCACUCAACCUCCUACGCCACAGACUCCCACUCAGCAAUGUCCACCUCCUGUACCCCAACCUGGGGUUGCAGGUGGCCCACAGCAGCAGCUGGCAGGAAUGGUCCAGCAUCAUCAGUUCCAGCAACUGCCUCCAGGUGGAGGGAUGAUAAACUCUCCACAACAGCAAAUGGUACAACAGCAACAACCACAGCCACCUUCAGUGCAGCAGCUUCAGCAUCCUAACAGCCUUCCUCCGUAUGUGCAAAGACCUCCAGGCUCUUCUCCACUCUCUAAUUCUAUGGGGAAACCAGGCAUGGGCCCAGCCAACUUGCCUCAGCAACAACAGACAAAUUCAGGGCAGUCAAACUUUCCCCAGCAGCAGCCCACUGGUCCCCCGGCUGCCGCCCUGGAAAUGGCGUUGAAGAUUCAGCGAGUGGCGGAGACUCAACGGCAGAUGGCUAAACAAAAGAGCCUCCAGAUAGGAACAGGAAUGCAACAGCAAGGAGGGCCUCAGAACCAACUUCCUCCUCAGGUGCAGUUGCCACAGCAAGCUCCGCAGGGUGGGGCUCCACUUCAGCCACCACAGCAGCAGCAGUGGGGGUCACCCAGCAUGCCCCCUCAGCAGCGAAUGAUGGGCCAAAUGGGUCAUCCAGGAAUGGUUCCAGCUCAACAACAGCAGCAGGUUACUCAACAGCAGCUGCAGCUUCCUCCACAGCAGCAGCAACAAGGGCAUCCGGGAGUGAUGGGAAUGAUGGGUGGCCCAGGUGGGGCUACAGGUGCAGGGACUGGCACUGGAGGUCUCUCACAGAGUGCCUUGCAAGACCUUCUAAGAACUCUUCGGUCCCCUAGCUCCCCUCUCCAGCAGCAACAGGUCCUGAAUAUACUGCGCUCAAAUCCUCAGCUUAUGGCCACCUUCAUCAAGCAACGUGUACCCAGAUACCUUGGGAGAGGUGGUCCUGGAGCUGGAGGUGCAGGCCCAACAGUCAUGGAAGGGCAGCAGGUAAAUGUAAAUGCUGGGGCUCCUCAGCCAGGUAUGCACAUGGGCCAAGGGGCAGGCAUGCCCCCAAUGAAUCCACUUCAACAGCAGCAGCAGAUUCAACAGCGUUCUAUGAUGGGUGUGAAUAUGCAACAGCAACAGCAAAUGGCUGCUUUGCAGCAACAGCAGCAGCAGCAGCAAGGAGUUAUGCCCGGUCAAGGCAACAUGUCUAAUAUCUCACCCCAGUUCAGAGAAUUGAUGAGGAAACAUUUGCAGCAGCAGCAGCAACAACAGCAGCAACAGCAGCAGCAGCAACAGAUGGGAAAUCAUAGUCAGUUCCAGCAUCCCCAGCAGCAGCAGCAUGGUUACCUUGGCCAGCCUGGCAUGCCUCCUCAGCAGCCUGGUCAACCUCAAGCUGGUGGACUCCAGCAGCAGCAAGGAGGACCCCAGCCUGGCAUGCAGCAGACCUACCCGGGAUCCAUGUCUCAGCAGGUGGCAGCAGCUUUGCAACAGAGGGUGCACCAGAUGCAGCAGCAGCAGCAGCAGCAGAAUGCUAUGACUGGGCUCCAAGGGGGUGAUGGAGGUCCUGGAGGAGGUGGUGGUGGUCCGCUCCAGCAGCAGCUACCGCCCCCUCAGGGUGGUUCCCAGCCUCAGCCUCCCCAGGCCAUGCUCCAGCAAGCACUGCACCAAAGGCUCCUUCAGCAGCAGCACCUAGGUGGUGGGUCUCCUGCUCAGCACAACAAUCCCAUGAGCCCUCAGCAACAGAUGUCCCAGUCUCCCCAUUUGCAGGGUCAGCAGCUGCCCACUUCCCUUAGCAACCAGGUGCGGUCACCCCAGCCAUCACCACGGCCCCAGUCUCAGCCACCCAAUUCCAGUCCGUCUCCUCGCAUGCAGCCCCAGCCUUCUCCCCAUCGCAUCUCUCCCCAGACCCAAACAGGCUCUCCACACCCCGGUCAUCUUCCCCAGCACCACACUGGCAUGGUGGCUCCACCACCUCCACAACAACCACCACAGCCAUCUCAGCAGCAACAGGCUAACUCUUUGGACCAAGCUCAGUUUGGGUCAGACCAGAACACUAUGCUUUCACAGCUUGGUGGAAUGGGGGCUCUGCAUGGGCAGGGGGCUAAUGACAUGCUGGCUGGCAACAACCAAGACAUGGGGACAAAUAUUAAUCACAGCUCAUUAGAUCUAAUGUAGCACUACAGUCCUCAGAGAACUGGCCUGAUUUCCUGGAUUGGGUUGCUGUUUUAUUGCUGUCGUUAUUAGUGUUAUUUAAUAUUUUUUGAAGUAAAUGGAAAAAAAUACAACUUCCUAUGGGAGAUACUACAUUAAAUGCGCAAAUUAAUAAAUUAAAUGAAUGGUAAGUUAUUGCUGUUAAUAUAUACAUAUAUAUAUUUUUAGCCAGUUGCGUUCAAAGGGUUUUGGGGUUAAAGGAUGGGAAAAAUUCUCCUUGGUAUAUGACGAGUAAUAUUUUUGGGGUCUGCCUUUUUUAUAGAUAUUUUUUAAGAUUUUAAAAGCAUAAAAUUAAAGACAAAACAUGUUAACACAAUAGAUCUUUUUGUUUUCUUUUUCUUCCAUACACAGUCAAGAUUGUACCCAUUUUUGAAAGUGUUAAAUUUGAUUCAGAAAUAGCUGGUGGUGGUUAACAAUUAUUACUGUUUAUUACCAUCAUUCUCUUGGUCAGCUUAUAUCCCUACAGUGUUCAUGUUUUUUCCUUUUUUCCAGACAUGUGAUGGCAUAUUCUGUUUGAGACAGCUACAGUUCACAAAGAGUAUAUUUUUGUUAACAGAAUCAGGCAAGAAAUUAAUACAUUUAUAUUUGGUAUUUUUCUUUUUUUGUAAAGUUUUGUGGGGAGGGGGGUGGGGAUUAUGUGAAGUUUUGAGUGUUCGUGUGUUUUCUGAUGGCAGAUUGCAUGGGAAAUGUCUGUCCUCCUAUGCAUGUCACAGUUCUCCCACUUCCAUGAACCCUCUUCUGUGAAUGUGUGCUCCAUUCAUCGAUUCUGUCCCUUUACGUUGGAACGGUAAUAGAACUGCUGACACUACAGGUGUGCUACGCUCCUAGGACACAGUGCAGUGAUUUGUACCACAAAGACUAAACUGAUGAGGGAAUGUGGAUAUCUCGAAGAAGCAACCUUUUAAUCCUCUUUUUCCAUCUCGCUGACUCUGUGCUCUCACUAUUCUUUGCCCAGGAAGGAACUAUUCCCCUGACUCUUCCCUAUGACUUAAAUGCUCAGAACUUUGGGAUUUCAGAUAUCUUUCUUUUUUUCCCUACUGUAUAAAGAAAAGUCUGGACCUUUUUUUG